AUGCGGCGUCUGCAGCCGUCUCUCUUAUUUCUCCUCUCGCGAGAAGAAAAAAAAACAACAACAAUCAUCGUCUCAACUGCCGCGAAGGACCGCGUGUUAUCUUCCCAGUAUAGAUACCAAUCCACCUUUGGAGAGCAGCGGACCACCGCGAGGAGAUCUAAACAGGCCUAUCAUCAUCCAUUAGCCCCAAAAGAUCCCGCUGCUCGUAAUAUUGUGAUCCCAGACGCCGUUCACGCAAAGGCCCGAUCUUCAGAUGUACUUUCUCCUGAAGUUCUGCAAAAAAGAGCCCAACGUGCACUUCUCAUGCAAUUGCAGCAAAAUAUUAUUUGGGAAGGGACUGUGAUUGAUGAUGAACGACAUGAUUUAAUUCAACAUUUUACAAAACUUCGUCAGAAUUAUAAAUAUCGCUCCUCUAAACAAAUGAUGAUAGUGAGUGGUAAAGAGAUACUUCGUGAACUCUUUGAAGCUGGAUAUACUCCACGACAUUUACUUGUUCGUGAUGGACAAGAAAUACCAUCAUGGACAAGGAAAAAAAGUGUGAAAACAGAAAUAGUACGUGUAAAUCGACAUAUCGCAGAAGUCUGUGCACCUGGUAAUGAUGGAUUUAUUGGUGAUUUUGAUAUUCCUCCUCCACCACCAAAGGAAAAUCUUAUUGCCAAUAAACAACGCCUUGAUCGUGUUCUUGUAUUAGAUAAUGUGGAUGAUCCAGGUUUACUGGGUACACUACUACGUACGGCUUCUGGAUUUCAAUAUGAUGCUAUUAUUGCAACGAAUCACUGUGCAGAUUUAUAUGAUCAUUGUGUUGUUCGUGCGGCUCGUGGUGCUCAUUUUCAACACUCUGUGCCUAUUUAUACGCUUAGGGAUGAAGAUGGGGAUAAUGUGUAUGGGAUGUUAAAUCACAUUGUACAACGAAAUAAUUUGUCUACUGUAUGCUUUACACAUAUGAAUGAUGAAAUAAAGGAAGAUAGUAAGAAGGAUGAAAAGAAUAAAUAUGUAGGUGAAAUUAGUAAACUUUCACAAAGUUUGUCCUCUAGUCCUAAUCGACCUGUGCAGCAGGAGACACUUUCAGAUUACUGCCGUCGUCGUUUCACAGAUGAAAGUGUACAGGGACAAAUGCUUAUUGCUGGUCCAAAUCACAAACGUAAUUCAGUUCAACGGUGGUCAAAGCGAAUUGCUUCUCCACUCACACAAUUAUUACUAGACGAAGUACCUCAAACAGAUGCGUUAGUGGCAUUCUCUGUUGUCCUUCAUGCUUUACGUCCUCAUGGAAAUUGGGAUUAUCUUCCAAUGCAAGAUUCACAUAAGAAUAAUAGUAAUACUUCCAUAGAGUUGCAAACACGAAAAGCAUCUGUUGAUAUUGGAGCAGAUCGUUUAGGGAUGAGUGAACACGACCUUAACCUGGAUGAGGAAGAACAGAUAGAAAAGGCCAAUUUUGCUAAUGAGUUUAUGCGUUGGCGGCGUCUGCAACGUGGUAAGUUGAGUGACUACGAUCGCUGGAUGGAAGCGGAAAUGCGACGAGUAAAAGAAAUGGCAGCCAAUGAACAGAAAAAACAGGCCUCUCCGUGGUCUCAACUGCAUUGGCGAGAACAGAAGGGAGCGGCGGGGAUGCCGUCGUCUGUGCCGAAUAUCAUUGAUGAGUACCGUAUGCCGCUGGAUCGUGAUGCCCUUCGUGAGGAACGUGAAAUAAGUGAGAAGUACGUGAGACCCGGGAACUACGACCAACGAGUAUCAAAGUAA